AACAAGAACCAAAAUGGCGGCUGUGAAGUGUCUCCAUUUUCUGUUGUUAAUAGGCCUUCUUGUUGCCUUAUCUCAGGCGAAAAAGAAGGGAAUUUCUAAGGAGGUGAUGCUAGAGGCUAAAGUCAAACAGUUAAUGGAGUGGAAUCACAGGAAGUCUAUAAUUAGGUUAAAUGGAGAUAAAUACAGAACAUAUCUCAGGGCAUCUCCAAGAAACUACUCAGUGAUUUUGAUGCUUACUGCAUUAGCACCUAAUAGGCAGUGUGCAAUUUGCAGAGAGGCUAAUAAUGAGUACCAAAUCCUGGCCAAUUCCUGGAGGUAUUCACAGCAAUAUUCUAACAAACUGUUCUUUGCCAUGGUAGACUUUGAUGAAGGUCCAGAUGUUUUCAAUGCUUUGAGGCUCAAUUCAGCUCCUGUAUUCAUGCACUUUCCACCAAAAGGCAAGCCUAAGAAAGGUGACACCUACGAUAUGCAAAGGAUGGGAUUUUCUGCAGAACAGAUAGGUCGAUGGGUUAGUGAAAGGACUGAUGUUCAUGUUCGUGUGUUUAGACCACCAAAUUACAUGGGGGCAAUAGCUCUAGGGUUAUUAGUUAUUCUUAUUGGAGGAUUGCUUUACAUYCGCCGUAAGAAUCUUGAAUUCUUGUACAAUAAGAGCUACUGGGCUGUUGGUGCAUUGUGUAUUGURUUUGCUAUGACAUCUGGUCAAAUGUGGAACCACAUCAGAGGACCUCCAUAUGCACAUAGGAAUCCACAGACAGGACAAGUGAGCUACAUCCAUGGUAGUAGCCAAGCACAGUUUGUUGCCGAGACACAUAUUGUCAUAUUACUGAAUGCUGCAUACGUCAUUGGGCUAAUUCUUCUUAAUGAAAAAGCCUUUGAAAUCAAAGAACCUGGAAAAAGAAAAAUCACUGUAAUGGCUGGUCUAGGUCUGGUUGUUGUAUUUUUUAGUCUUAUUUUGUCUGUCUUCCGAUCAAAGUACCAUGGCUAUCCGUAUAGCUUUUUGAUAAAGUAAUGACAGUCCUAUUGUUCUUCAACGCAUGCUUCAAGACACAUCUCUGUUAUCAUGUGUAUUUAAUAUUUAACUACACUACAAAUCUUCGUUGUGUUUACUAAAGCCUUAUAGACUACUUGUAUUUCAUUAUCAGACAACCUUAAUAUUAAUUUGUAGUUAGGUUUUCUCAAUAAAGUAAUGAGCUAAGUAAUGA